GCGAGUAAUGCCCCUCACUUUCCUGGUUGCGCUGCCCUUCCUCCUCCUCCUCCCGCUCCCGGCUUUGAAGCUUUUGUUUUCCCCGUCCGCUGCGAUGGCAGGAAACUUCCCGGAGGGAUGGGCUCAGGCCGGGCUUGUGCUGCGCUGGGCUCCGCAGGGCACCGGCCACGCCGUGAGGUUAUUUGGAAAGGGAAUACUUUGCUGAACAGAACAGCACAAGAUGACUUAUGAUUCCUGCUCUUCAUGGGAGCCUGUCUGGAUUGUCCCUGCAGAAUGCUACAGAUUCCUUCCCUCUUCGGUGUUCUUGGUUUGUGGAGUCAUAAACCUCAGUGGAACUUUGGAUGGAAAUACUGAUAUGAGUUUAAGAACUUUGAUGCUUUCAGACGUUGAAUUUUGAUUUGUUAAAUAACCAGGAAUAAGAUACUGCCUGAACAAGAUGAAAUGCCUUGAAGACCUUCGGUUGUGCUUUAAUUUCUCCUGAAGCAAUGGUUUUCUCAGCAAUGUUGACGCUGGCCCACUCUGGGACCUCAAAUGCUACUUUUAUUGUUUAUGAAAAUGCCUAUACGAAUUUUACCACUCCCCAGUUCUUGCUUCAUAGUGGCACAACCCAGCCAUUGAGAUACAGUUCAGGUGCCGUGCUCACCACUGAGAGAAGUACUUUUCUGGUAAACACUACAGCUAUCCUGCCAUCGCAAGAAGUUUUCAGGAGCCUGAGUUUGCCACUCCAGAUCAUUCUUUCUGCUGCUAUGAUAUUUAUCCUGUUGGUUUCUUUCCUUGGAAACUUUGUCGUCUGCCUCAUGGUCUACCAGAAGGCAGCUAUGCGAUCUGCAAUUAACAUCCUCUUAGCAAGCCUGGCUUUUGCAGACAUGCUGCUGGCAGUGCUGAACAUGCCUUUUGCUCUGGUAACAAUCAUUACCACUCAGUGGAUUUUUGGGGAUAUAUUCUGCAGAGUCUCUGCCAUGUUCUUCUGGGUUUUUGUCAUAGAGGGAGUAGCCAUUCUUCUUAUUAUUAGUAUUGACCGAUUUCUUAUCAUAGUUCAGAGGCAAGAUAAACUGAACCCUUACCGUGCAAAGAUUCUCAUUGUGAUUUCCUGGGCAGCAUCCUUUGUUGUUGCUUUUCCGUUAUCAGUAGGGAAUCCUAAUCUGCAGAUACCCUCGAGAGCACCUCAGUGUGUUUUUGGCUACUCUACAAGCCCAGGUUACCGAGCCUACGUGAUAGUUGUCUUGCUAAUUUCUUUUUUUAUUCCAUUCCUGGUAAUGCUAUAUUCUUUUAUGGGCAUACUCAACACCGUCCGCCACAAUGCGGUUCGUAUCCAUAGCCACCCUGAUAGCAUAUGCCUCAGCCAGGCCAGCAAACUUGGUCUCAUGAGCUUACAGAGACCUUUUCAGAUGAAUAUUGAUAUGAGCUUUAAAACUCGUGCCUUCACAACCAUCUUGAUUUUGUUCCUUGUCUUCAUAGUCUGUUGGGCACCCUUCACCACUUACAGCCUUAUAGCCACAUUCAACAGCCACUUCUACUACAAGCACAACUUUUUUGAGAUAAGCACUUGGCUCCUUUGGCUCUGCUACCUCAAGUCUGCACUGAACCCACUGAUUUACUACUGGAGGAUUAAGAAGUUUCAUGAUGCAUGCUUGGACUUGAUGCCCAAAUACUUCAAGUUUUUGCCACAGCUACCUGGCCAUACAAGGCGGCGCAUUCGACCCAGUGCCAUCUAUGUGUGUGGGGAGCAUCGGUCGGUAGUGUGAACUUGUGGUUGUUUGACAAUGAUUGUUAUUUUCUGGGAUUAUUUGUUUUUAGGCUUUAGGUUGAAUUUUUUGUUUUGUUUAAUAUGGCUUUUUCAGUGUGGCCAUACCUUAUAACUUGAUUAAAUUUUCCAGUACUCUGUGCAAUUUGGGGAGGAAAGAUAGAGGGAGGGAAAGUGAUUGGUUAUAGUUGGGUUUACUACCAGAAUACAAUGUAAACAAAAUAACAAAUGUUACCUCUAGGAUUCCAUGGAAAUCCAUUCUUUUAAAUGAAAACUACAUUUGUAACAUUUUGUCAGGUUUAUGCUUACUAGGCCUGCAAUUGCAUCUAAUUGUAGGGACUUUUUAUGCUGCUAAGAUACAGUAUAUUUAGUUGGUGUAACUCUUCUGAAAAAUGUUGCUGCUGUCUGCCAAUAUAUUAGAGCCAAAAAGUCUCAUUAGAUUACUUAUAUUUAAUUUUAACAAUAUUUCAGAAGUUUUCAUGGUAACACUAGAAAACUUUUUUCUUUUUGUUAAUAUUUCCAUUAAUAUUUUGUGCACUUUACAAAAUUUACUGUAGAAUUUGUUCAUUGGAAUAUUUUGUUCUGUAUUGAGGGGGUAUUAUUAUUAUUAUUAUUAUUUGUUAUAUUGGUGAAUUUCAAUGAAAGACCCAUGUAAGCUCUAGGAGGGCAAUUUAUGUUGGUAUAGCUACACGUACGGUCAUAGAUUUGCUGUUUUUCUAACAAUUGAUCAAAAGUAACAUUAACUGCUCAGUUAUAAGGGGAGUUGGAAGGAGAAAAUGGAGGAAUGAAUGGGAAAGCAAGCAAUGAAAAUACUAUGUCCUGAGGUUUAGGCUAACACAAUAUUUAGAAAAACAGAGUACAUGUGAAAAUGGUCACAGGGGGAAAGGAUGGCUGUAGUUGUUACUCUAGGCUGUUACAAGCUAUCCAAACCUGAUGGUAUACCUGAAAACCUAUCUGAAAUUGUGACUUUGGGCCUACAAUUUAUACUGUGUUGGUAUGAUAUAGUGCUGUUUCUGCUUGGAGCUUGUAUAAGGCUAGCUGUGCUCUACACUGCUGAAAUCAUGCUGUCAGGCAUUCAUUGGGAUAGAAUUAGAAAUAGUAGGGUGAAGCAGCAAACAAAUAGCACAUGAAUCAUAGUUGAGGCUAGGGCUUAGUUUACAUAGUAAUUACAGGGAAAAAUGUCCUCAACUUGCUUGUUUUCCAGUUUUAGACCGAAACCAUAAACUGAUAAUCGUAGAAUCACAGAAUGGUUUGGGUUGGAAGGGAUCUUAAAGAUCACCUGGUUCCAACCCCCCUGCCAUGGGCAGGGACACCUUCUACUACACCAGGUUGCUCAAAGCCCCAUCCAGCCUGGCCUUGAACACUGCCAGGGAUGGGGCAGCCACAACCUCUCUGGGCAACCUGUUCCAAUGCCUCACCACCCUCACAGGGAAGAACUUCUUCCUUAUGUCUAAUCUAAAUCUACCCUCUUUCAGUUUAAAGCCAUUACCCUUUAUAAUAGUUGGCCAGCAGAGUUUUCUGGGGAUGUAAGUUAAAUUCCCCUUUUCCCUCUGAUACUACUUUACAUUGAUUUUUCGUUGCCCCUUUUUGUCUAUAGUGCCUGCUGCCUCAAGAGUUUGCUCUGCUGUUCUCAUCUGUGAAGCAUCAGCUUUUCUCCCUGAAAUGCCAAAUCACCUCUCUGAUUAAUAUCAGGCUGUCUCAGUACCUGCCUGGAAAGCAGAAAGGCAAAGGUUUUCCUUGAUGAUAGCAAUCCAGACUCAGAUAUUUUAUUUUAAUCAGCUAAAUAAAUAUUUAAUGUGAAGUAAGUAAAAUUAAGACUUAGGUUUGGGCUUUGAAGCGAGAUCCCCAGUUGCUCUGAGGCUGGAGAAGAAUGCCUGCAGAAUUUGUGUGUCCUUGCAGUGGGCUUUUGGGGGCUGUCUGUGGCUGAGCACAGGAGGAUUACCAUACAACAAACUUAUCAACCAGGGCUAGGGUUUGGGCUUCUCUUGCUUCCAUCUCUCUUUCAGUACCCCAAAGCAUGGGGACCUCUUCAUUGUUCUUGUACCCAAGGACAAAAUAAUAGCAAUUUUAUCUAUUUCUAUCUAUCCACACAGUAUAGGACUUUUCCUUCCUACACAUAUUUAUGUGUAGGAAGGAAAUGCCCUGUUCUGUGUGGAUGUCUAGGGACUGCUUGCUUCCUGAGGCCAGCUAAACAUUUACACCCCAGAUUUUAUUUAGGUCUUCAGUGAAGUUUAAGAGUUAUCUCUGUUCUUCUCAUUGACAACUAUCGGUAAAAGUGUUGGGAAUAUUUAAAUUUUAGGAGUAUAAAAGGAACAAUUUUGAAUUUAGUAAUUUCAUUUUUUUUAAAAAAAGCUGCUAGCUGAGGUUGCGGGUUACAUGUAAAGGCACCUAGGCAGUGGUGAUGUUAUUGAUGUCCAUGCUUUCCAUUUCUUGUCAACUUCACUGAUGAUGGUACAGAUUUUUUGAAUCAAAAUGACAGGCAGUAAAGGAAUUCAGCUGUAAAACAGAGUGUUUUAGAGUAUCUUUGCAGUAUAGCUUUUAUCUCUCAAUUACAUUUACAUUGAUAGUGGAAGUUUAUGACCUGGUUAGUAUGGAUUUUCUGUUUCAGAGCUGUCAUGCCUGCUUAUCUCUGAAAGCUGCAAAAUUGUGCUUAAAGCUAAUGUAAUAGAGUGAGAGCAUACACUGUCUAAGAUGGCAGGAACAGGUAUUUUUGCUGUCUUCCAGAGCUAUAAUGCAAGAGGUUUGAAUGAAUGUCGUAAAACAUGGUAAUUCAAAAAGGAAAGAUGAUGAGUAAUACAGGAAAGUUAGUGAAAUUACUUUCUUGAAGGGGGGAGGGGAAAAGAUUUUGUGGAGGUUUCAUAAUCUCUGAUAAGUACUGGCUGUGAAGUAGAAAUUACAAACAUCAGAGUAAGUUAAUUUGUCUUGAUAAUUUAGUGUUUGUUUACAUUGACUGUAACAAAGUUUCCACUCAGAGCUGAUACUUGAAGAAAAAAAACCCAAACUGUGUGGCCCAAAUUCACAGUUGACUUACAUGGUGGUACACUAUUCACACUUACCAGGUUUUAGAGGUGAUCAGAGCAUACAGUGAACAAAAGGGUGUUCAAAAAAAGAAACAAGGUCGCAUAGAAGUAAUUGUGUGUUUACAGAACCAUUUGGGCUAUUAUGUCUAAUAUACUGUCUUUAGAGCAGUGCCUUGAUAAUUACAGCUGAAGUCGAAGCACCAAGUUGAAGACCGCUAAACUGCUCAGUCUUGCUGUCUGUGAUCCUGCCAAGAUCAGCAUAACCUUGCUAACAUUUGUAAUGUUAAAAUGCAUAUGUGUUGGCAGGAUCGGGGCUACUGAGGCAUUUUAGUGGGCUUGACCUUGACCAAGACCAAGGAUUUUAAAAACCGAAAUUGAUCCUUCUUGAUUCUACUGGGGAAUUAUAAUUUUCUUCCUCUCCAGAAAUGAUACUCGUUACUAAACUGUAUUCCCUCAUGUUACAUUUUCAGAAACCUUUGGUAUGGAGGAGUGAAAUGAAUGUAUUUUGAAUUAUGUUGCAGUUUAAUUCAUUCUGUCAAAGCAUGCUGCUUACACAAGUCUCAUUUGUACAAAUCUAUUGCUAAAAUGAUUCUUUUGUACUCAAAGUUGUGUAUUUUUGACAUUUCUUGUUACUCAUGUAAAAAUAUUUAUGUAUAUAGAGAAGAAAAUUGUUUUGCCUCUUAUUGCUUUCUGUUACUAUUUUUUCCCUUGUAUACUUAAUGCUUUCAUAUUUUCUUUUAUUCGAGCAUAUGCAUAAACAACUGCAAGAUUUCGGUGGUCUUUCUGCAACCGUUUGAGACUUUUAAUUCUCAAACCAUUCAACAAUGCCCUCUUUGAAAGAGAUUUUGAUUUAUUUUUGUGUGAAAAAUAAAAAUUCAGAGCACAAGUUUGUUGCGGUUGGAAUGGUGAGGAAUUUCUUAAGUCCAGUUUUCCAGGAGCCACUACUUUGCCAUUAUGAACUGGUUUGAUCGUUUUUGAGGAGUAGUCAUUUCCUGAUGUGGAGAAACCUUGAAUUACUGUUUUAAAACAAGCUGUUAAGUAGAAUGGCAUUGUCUUUUCUGUACAUAUUACACCUGUGAAAAUACCUGAGAAACAAAAAAAAAAAAAAGAAAGAAAAAAUAAACAUGAAGAUUCUACAAAUAUAUAGCAAAAGUCUAUAGAAUUGCUCUAUCUUUGUGCAUUUACAGGUUUCUUUAAUGCCCAACUUCAUAGUUUCAAACACUUUAUCUGUAUAUUAAAUAACAAAGAUUGUUUGCCUGAUUUAGAUGGUUUUGUUUAAGCCAAAAUGUUUCUUGUCUAAAGAAUUUACAGAAUGCUCUUUUCUGAGGCAUUGGGGUAGAGAUAUGUCAAUAUAUCUAAAACAAAUAUAAUAAUAUCCAGCAGAAGAGAGAGAAAGCCUAAAAAGAAAAUAACUUUCCUAAAAAUACUACCUGAACUGGAUGUACUACCUUUAAGCUAGGACUGAGUGAUUAAGAUCAUCUUAUUAUGCAAUAAAUAACACAGGCAGUGGCGCUGCAUGGCAUCA